CCGUGGUGACGCCCUCUCCCAGCAUUCCCCGCGGUGGCCGCUCAGGAUGGAGCUCGGGGCCCCGCAGCUGCUCUCCCCGCUCUUCGGCUCCGUGCUCGGGGUCUGCGCGGACUUCAGCCGGGACUGGGAGAGUAACGACCUGAGAGCCGCCAUCUUCAAGCUGCUCCUGGCCUGGCUGCUGCUGAGCCUGACCGCCAUCCAGCUGGCCUGGCGGAGCUACGGACCGACCGUCAACGGCCUGUACUACCGGCAGGGCAUGGGCGGACAGAACGGCGGAACCGCGGAGCACCCGGCAGCCUGGGAGAGCGCCAGCACAGAAUCCCUAAAAACACACCAGGAGUGA